AUGGCACCCAGAGUAUCUGACGAUGAAUCAGGGUCCGAACAGGGUCCAAUAGAUACACCUGUUGCCGAGGCAGUGGACAACGUCGACGAAGCUGCUGAUAACAAUGAGUUGAUUGAUGACGAUGAAGAUGAGGGACUUUUUGGGUCUGAUGACGAUGAAGAAGAUGGAGUCACUGCUGCUGUGGGUUCUGAUGCUAUGGAUGUUGAUGCUGAAGAGUUACCACAGAAAAUACUCGAAGCUAGUCUACCUAAACAUGAAAAAUCGCAUGCUCCCGCGAAGGAUACACUGUUAUUCCGUCUUCCUGCAUUCUUGUCCAUUGAUGCCAAGCCUUUUGAUCCUAAGGUCUUUUUGGAAAAGACCACGGAAGUCCAUGAUGACCAGGACGAGCAAGGAGAUGCUUUGAAGGAGAGAAGAAAGCACGAGAAGUUGAUUGCUGAAAACACUAUCAGAUGGAGAUACGCUAAGAACGACAACGAUGUCCUAUACAAACAAAGUAAUUCCCAAGUGAUUGAGUGGGAAGAUGGGUCUUUGUCGUUAAAGCUUGGUAACGAGAUCUUCGACAUAAAGGAUCGUGCUGUCGACGAUAGUGUUUUGACGGUUGCCGACUUUGAUCAGACUGUUUUGAGAACAGAUGCCAUUUUGAACAAACAGGUGAAGGUUGUGCCAGUUUCCACUCUUUCACAGACGCAUAGAAAGCUAACAAAGGCCAUCACGGCGAUGCAAAAGAUACAGAGGUCAAACAAAAUGAACGCGAUUGUGACUGAAGACGAUCCUCUAAAACUCCAGAGAGAAGAGGAGAAGAGAGAACAGCAGAAGAUGAAGGAAAUCCGCAGAAAACAGAGACAAGAGCUUGAAGCCAACGAGGCUGUCUCAUCUUCGAGUGCGUCCAAAAGUUCCUACUACUCGAGAUAUGCUGGAAUCGACGUUGCAGAUGAUGAGGAAGAUGGCAAUGAUGAUGAGCCAACUGUACGUCGUUCUCGUCUUGGGGACGGUUACGAUGACGAUGAUGGGUUUAUCAUCCAGGACGAUGAGGAAGAAGAGUCCGGAGAGGGUGAAGAAGAAGAUGAGGAUGAGUUAGACAGGGCUGCUGAAAGAUUGAGAAAGGUAAAAGAGGCUGGAUCCAAGAAAUAUGAGGAUAAUGACGAGGAAGACGAGGAGGACGAGGAUGUUUCCAGUACUAAAGAGGAGGACGAAGUAGAGGGCGAGGACGAAGAGAAGACCGCGAAAAGAAAGAAGAGGAGGGUUAUCGUUGACGAUGACGAUGAUGACGAAUGA